ACGAUAGCGACUCUGCAACAUUAAGUUGGCUACCAUUUCUAAUGCAGUGUGGUGAUAUAAUAAUAUUUAUUUAAUAAUAUUAUCAUUUAAUAUUGCUCCCUGGAGAAACACCUCAAUUAAAUUAAUAAUUGAACCUUUAUGACGAGGAACGUGGUCAUUUUAUGCGUCGCAGCUGGAACGCAUUUCAACUCUCAGGGGGAUAAAUAUACAUUUUUAAUUGAAUUGAUUGUAAUUGAUGUGUUGAUUAACAGUCAAUUCCUUUUAUUUUUAGAAUCCAUAGACACGUCACUUUCUGGCAAAAUGUCUGAAAGCGACAUUGACAAACUAAGGCGAAGCAGGGAGUCUCUAGUCUACACUGCAACCAGAGAAACCCUUUUCGCACAGGAGACCACACACAGCAAAACACAUGCAUUGUCACUUGAUUGGGUCUCUGGAGUGAAUUCCUCCCUUCCCGUGUACAUUCUGCAAGACCACAGUCAGCUGGUGUUCCUCUAUGCCGGAGCUCACGUCGCGAUCAUUUACAACCACACCACCAACUCCCAGCACAUACUCCAGGGUCACUGCUCCCCCAUUUCAUGUAUGUGCGUCAGCGAAGACCGACGCUGGAUCGGGACAGCGGACCAGAACAAGAAAAGCACUGUCAUACUGUGGGAUUCAUAUUCUGGCAUUCCCGUGCACACUUUGUUCGACUGCCAUCCCAAGGGGGGGGUCAUCGCCAUUGGGUUUUCAGCGGACGCCAAACAGCUGGUGACGCUCGGGAAUGAGAAAGCUCAAUGUGUUUGUAUCUGGGAUUGGACCAACGACUGCCAUGAACCGCUCUGGCUCACAGAGCUCCGGCCUGAAUAUGGUUAUCAAAAUUACAUUAUUUUUAACCCAAACAACAGCACUCAGUUGCUGAGCAGCAGUGAGAGCCAAGUGUUGUUUUACAGCACGGCACAAGGAACUUUGCAACAUGUUCCACUAAAGAUUAUUAAGCUGGGCGAUGCGGCCACCCUGGAACUCAACGCGUCCCUCUUCCCCAAUUCCACGCCCGAGUACUGCGAAAUCCACAAACUGGCAGGCGGCCCUCUGAGCCCGUCCGUUUUCCACUGGCGAGAAUUCCGAAUCCUCACCCCAUCGAGAGCGGGCGUCAUCAUGGUCUGGGACCUCACGCAGGACCUGGACUCCAACCAAAGGCUGAGCCGGGACCAUGUGAAGAUCAUCUCUCUGCAGGAGCAUCCCAUCACUGUGCUCGCGGUGGUAGACAACUGCAUCGUGACCGGAGACACGCGGGGCCACGUCAAUUUUUACGAUGAAAACAUGCUGCUCCUGACCUGGUUCACCCAAAUGAACCUGGACCGCAUUGUCUCCAUUUCCUUUUCUAAAGAGUUUGAAAGAGAGUAUCUGGAAGACGGCACUUUGGAUACCAAGCCAGUGCUUGGCAGGAACUUUGUGGUGUCCUCGUCGACCUCCGCGGUUGUCCACGUGAAUAUGGAAAGAAGCACGUGGCGGGUCCUGCUGCAAGAGAACUGCGACCCUCUCCACGCCGUGGCCUGCAAUCCCAAACAGCCCACCGUGGUCAUGGGCAACUGCAGCGGCAUCUUAAAAGUCUGGGACUACCGGCAGAAGCGGAUCGUCUGCAGGACGGUCUUGGAGAAAGAAAAAGAAAUCCGCUGUGUCACCAUUGACCCGCAAGGACGCUACCUGGCCGUCGGUUUUGCGAGCGGAGCCGUCCACUUUCUGGAUGCCAACACCUUACAAAGCGACCCCAAGGAGUGUUUCGAUUACCCCCCAGACAGCAUCAGCCACAUGAGCUUUUCGCAUGACUCCAGAUACCUUGCCACUGCAGAUGUAGGGAAGGCAGUGACGUUAUUUCGCAUGCAGCAGCCUCAGUGGAUCUACUUGGGCAGGUACCGCUCGCACUACAAAGCCAUUACGGACCUCCUCUUUGGGGUGCACCAGGACAGCUCUAAGCCCAGACUGUUCACGCUGGGUGUGGAUCGCCUGCUGGUGGAGUACGACGUGGAGAGCAGUGACGUAGGGCAGGUGGUCAUCCUGAGCUCCAAGCGCCUUGAGCAGAGUGCGGUACCCAAGUGCAUGACCUGGUACCCGCCACUGAGCUCCGAGGAGUUUUUGGUGGUCGCCUCGGAUCAAUACAAGAUGAAGCUUUUCAACAGCAUGUCUAAGACAUGCAGAAAGACCCUCCUCGGGCCGACGUACGGAAGCCCCGUUAAGAAAAUUGGGAUCCUACCGACGUCUGAAAAUAACGAGAGCGGCUCGCGUUACAUGGCGUACGUCACAGAGGACAAGGUUGGCCUGCAGAUCCUGCCUCUGGACGGCAACCCUUACAAGUCCCAAGCGGUGCUCUGCCAUCCCACCGGCGUGUCUACGUUCGCCUACUCCCACGACGGGUUGUUUGUUUUCACUGCAGGUGGUCCUGACUGCACUGUCCUGUCGUGGCAGAUAAGCUACAGUGCCCUGGAGGGAGCAGCAGCCUUGGGAGGAAAGGAGCUGGAGCCAUAUUACACGCUUUUAGAGGGAGGCAGGAAUGGGGAAUUUUACAGGGAAAUUGAAGACUUUUUCUAUUACUGCCAAAUUCAUAAUCAAGGCCUGGAAUCCAUGGAAACACGACAGCUGUCUCCCAAAAUUCCGCUGACGGAAUUGCCUUCCCUCAUGCGGGCUUUGGCCUACUUUCCGACUGAAAGAGAGGUUGAAGACAUGCUAAAUGAGGUGAAGUUGGGCCAGUACACAGAAACGGGAGAGUACAUCACGGACAUCAACCUGGCGGAGCUGAUCAAACUCUACAUCAACCACCGGCCAGCUUUUGGCAUCUCGGCAGAGGAGCUGGUCACCGCCUUUGAGGUCCUCGGCGAGCCUGGCGGACCCACAGGGAAGCCCGUUCUGGACAGAGACCACAUGCUGGAGCUCCUGCAGGUCCGAGGGGAAGCCAUGACACAGGAUGAGCUGGCAGAGUGUUUCACUGGACUGUUAGGCCUAUUUGAAGUGGAAGAAGAUGAAAAUCCUGAGGCCGACCUCUUUAAAACUGACAACGUGAGCCAAGAAUACACUCUGGAGAGUGUGAUCCCAGAGAAGAUAUCCAUAGAGAUAUUUACACAUCACAUCCUGGGCCUCCCUCCAUCAUCAUCACCAUCACUGACACCCAAGAAAGGACAUAAAGGAUCAGAGCCACAGCUUGAUGAUGGCUGAAUGUGAAAUCCAUUUAUAUGUAGAUAAUUAUUAUUUAUCAGUAUUACACAAAGUAAAAAUAAUAAUUUAAUUCUGCAUAGCUACACAUAUACAAUAUGUGUGU